AUGCUGGAGCAGCUCGAGAUCAUCCGCGACGAGCUCCAGUGCUUCGUCUGCAAGCGCGUGCUGGAAGACCCGCAAUGCUUGACAUGCAACCACAACUUUUGCAGGGUCUGCAUCGAGAACGAACUGCGCAAGGCCGUGUCCAAGUGCGCGCGCUGCUCGAUUCCGAUCCGACCGACAGACGUCCGGCGCAACCAGUUUCUCGACGGCCUCGUCGCCGAGUGGAAGUUUGUCGAAGCCGCCAUCGACGCCAGUCGCCCGAGCAGUGCCAAGCGCAGACUCUCGAUCGAGGACGAGCCGUCGCCACUGAUCCAGACGACGCCGGCAGCGUCAUUGCCUAUCUCUCCAACUUUGCCAGCGUCGCCCACCGGGCGAGCGUCACCAAGCACGCCCUCGCCCAGGUCCGAGAGUCUCGAGACCGAGUCGCCUGAGCUGUACCCGAUGCUUCCCACGGCCAACCAUUUGAUCGCUGCCGAGCGACGCAGCGCGUUGGUCGUCACCACACCGCCGCCAGCUGCUGUCAAGAAGCCAGUAGUCGUGACGCCGCCGCUGGAAAGGCCGAGCCCGACGCAGACCGUCCCGUCGACACCUGCGACACCACCAAACACGCUCGCCCCGCUCAUGACAACCCCGGAGAUCCGAACGUACAUGGAUCGCCUUCAGCUACUGGGCCAGAACGUCGACGAGGGCUCGCAAGUGUCGGUCGCGGGGGCACUGGACUUUUCCGCAGCGACAAAUGCGCCGCCAUCCAGCACCAAGUCGUCGAUCAUCUUGGUGCCCAAGUCGCCACCGACGAAGCGUGCACGCUCCGCGACCUUGCAUGCGGCCAUGGUUCCCUCGACGCAGCCGACGUCUUCGGACCCACCGAGUCCCACCUCUCGUCCUGAAGACGAUGCAGACGAUGUGGAUGACGAUGAGGCUGUCGACGAGACCGAGCGACAGACGAUGUAUGAUCCAUCCAUGGAAGAAACCGAGGUGCCGAUCCACGCCGCGUCGCAGUCGCAGUCGCAGCACAGCAGCGAGCUAAUGACGUCCAUGCCGGCACCUGGGCCAAGGCCAUCCGCACCAGCGGCGUCCAGCGCCCAAGCCGCCAAGCGAUUCGUGACCGCCGACUUGUCGACAGAAGAGAAGCGCACGCUGCUGCAGAGCCUCGAGCACCUGGGAAACGCACGCCUAGGACGGGACUUUGCCCGCUGCCUGGACCCCAAAACUGGGCGCGUCAUGACGGAUGUCACGCACGUCAUCACCAAGGCGACGCAGCCCCGGCGGUGCGCACGCAGCGUCAAGUACAUGCUCGGUCUCGCGCACCACUGUUGGAUCGUCGACUUUGGAUGGGUGGAAGCCAGUGCUGCCGCUGGCUACUGGGUCGACGAGACGCCGUUCGAGAUGGACGGCGAUGUCUUCUCGAGUGCCACGGGACAGCCGCGCCGAUCUCGCGUCGCACCGCAGCCCAGCACGACGCACAUCUUUGCCAACAUGCAUUUCGUGCAGCUGUGCCCCGAGACGUCCUUCGAGCUGCAGUCGACCUCGCAGCUCGAGCCGCUCAUCGCCGCCUUUGGUGGCACGUAUGAGGGCUUUGUCUUCGCCAAAGGCCUGCACGAAAAGCCGCAAGCAAGCUCGACGACGGUCGGCAUCGUCUCCAAGUCCCUCUCGCCAUCGACGUGCAAGGAGCUCUGGAUGCAGUACAACAUGCCCAUCGUGCGCGUCACGUGGAUCCCGGACAGCAUUAGCCACCUGCAGGCGCUGCCGUACGACGACUACUACCCGUACUGA